UUACAGCGUUUGGUAGCCCGGGUCAAGGAAGUUGGGUAACUCUAGAAUUCACAGAAUGGGGAAGUCAUAGACGUCACGCUCGGGUUCUGAAAGUGGGGUCUUUACAGUACUGUAUUUGGUUAUGUGUUUACCUACAGAAGUUACGCUACACCUUGGAUUUGUCAGACUGUGCCAGUUUUAUUUGUUGGAAAAGUCAAAGACAGACGUCGAGUUGGGUCCGAGUGUCAUUAUGAGAUGUCGUCUCUCAGUGCCUCCUUCGUGCAAAUCAGGUUUGAUGACAUCCACUUCUACGAGAACUGCGGCGGCGGCAGCUUCGGGAGCGUGUACCGAGCCAAGUGGAUCUCCCAGGACAAAGAGGUGGCGGUGAAAAAGCUACUCAAGAUCGAAAAUGAGGCUGAAAUCCUCAGUGUGCUCAGCCAUCGCAACAUCAUUCAGCUCUAUGGGGCGAUCCUUGAAGCACCCAACUAUGGAAUCGUCACCGAAUAUGCCGGUGGAGGGUCCCUGUAUGACUAUCUGUCCAGUGCAGAGAGUGAAGAGAUGGACCUGGGACAGGUUAUGACUUGGGCCAUGGAGAUUGCCAAAGGCAUGCACUAUUUACACUCAGAGGCCCCGGUCAAGGUUAUCCACAGGGAUCUGAAGUCCAGGAAUGUGGUUGUGACGGCAGACAAAGUUCUUAAGAUCUGUGAUUUUGGGGCAUCCCGGUUCCACUCCCACACCACACACAUGUCCCUGGUCGGCACGUUCCCCUGGAUGGCCCCGGAAGUCAUCCAGAGCCUGCCCGUGUCUGAGACCUGUGACACCUACUCCUACGGUGUGGUUCUGUGGGAGAUGCUCACCCGGGAGAUUCCCUUUAAAGGCCUGGAGGGAUUACAAGUCGCCUGGCUGGUGGUGGAGAAGAGUGAGAGAUUAACCAUUCCCAGUAGCUGCCCAACUAGUUUCGCUGAGCUGAUGAGGAAGUGCUGGGUGACUGAGCCAAAGGAAAGACCCAUGUUCAAACAUAUCCUUACAACCCUGGAGUCCAUGUCCAAUGACAGCAAGCUUCCUGAACAGUGCAACUCCUUCCUACACAACAAGGCUGAAUGGAGCUGUGAGAUUGAGGCCACACUGGAGAGACUAAAGAAGUUGGAGCGGGAUCUGAGCAGCAAAGAGCAGGAACUGAAGGAGAGAGAACGUCGCCUGAAGAUGUGGGAGCGCAAGCUCAUUGAGCAGUCCAACACCCCGCUCCUUUCCAACCUUCAUAUUCAUUCCUGGACAGAGGAACAUGUGCACUUUUGGCUACAGCAGAUAUUUGGGGCGGGGGAGGGGGCAAGUGGUAUGCAGCUGUAUGGUGACCUGUUUAAGGAAAACCACAUUACAGGCAAGAGGCUGCUGCUGCUCACGGAAACGGACAUGCGAGACCUGGGGGUCAAGUCCAAAGGUCACAUCAUGCACCUCAAGAGGGAAAUUGAGAAGCUAACCAAUGAUUACAUGGUGCUCUUCCACUUCCCUCCACUAAUGAAGGAUGAGUGUGCAGAGGAGGAGGAGGAGGAGGAGAGGAGGAAGAUUGUUCAUCUGGAGCUGGUGUUUGGGUACCACUGGAAAGCGGGAACGGGUCACUCGGACUGCAAAUGGAAAAUGUACAUUGAACUUGACGGAGAUGAAAUUGCAAUAACGUACAUCAAGGAUGUGACCUUUAAUGCCAACAGACAGGAUGUGGAUGUCCUGAAGAUGACCAAGCCUCCAUUUGUGAUGGACAAAUGGGUAGUUGGACUAUGGGAGAAUGAGGUUGUUGACUGCAUUGUAAAUUAUGAGAACGACGUGAGAUCACCCAGGUGUACGAGACAUAGCCAUGCAGUGAGGUGGAACCCCACCGGUGGACGAGAUGAGAUCAAGACUGUAGAGCUGCUGAUAGAAACAGCUCAGUUAAACAUUGAAGGAAACCCCAGAAGCAGAUCAAACUCAAAAGAUGUGGAUCCCAGAUGGUUGUACAACCUGAGACAGAGGCAGCUGAAGAGCCAGUCAGCAGCACAGCAGCAUGGUGCCCAGACCCCCACCGGAGGCUCAGAAACCCGCACCCUGUCUCAGUUCCUGUCUGCAUAUGGAGAUCAGGCCUCUUCCUACGCUGCAGCAGUGCGGAGGUCUCCCAACAGCCCCCUCUCUCCCUGGUGCUCCCGCAGCUCGUCCCCUACCGCAGGCCUGUCCGCCAUGCUCUCCCCCCUCUACCUGGGGUCAAAGGGCAGCAGCCCAUCCAGCACCACCUCAGAGAGUCCCUUGGAGCGCGAACGCCUGCUCAGUGCCGGGGAAAUGCAAGGUUACCACAGGCACAGAAGCUACAUUGACAACUCAUUGAGUGCAACAAGGGGCCACAACAGAGACACGUGGUCCCAUACAAGGGGCAACUUCACACAGAAUAAGUCAAACAGAACCUCACAGCAAAUGGGGAGGCCCCGGACCAAUAAUUACAGUGUAGCAGGUCAGAACCGAGCCAGGGUGAUACCGGGCAUAUCGGCGGUGGUGGAAAACCUCACUACAGAGCAAGAGGGAGCUCAAGUCAGUGAGGGGGGAUGGAUCAAAGUGGAGCGCCAAAAAAGGUUACCUCGACAGGACAAUAAACAGGCCAGAGGAAGACAGAGGAGAGGGUGUCGAGGUGGCCGUGGUGGACGAAGCGGAGAAUCAUUUGCUGUUUGAAAGUGUUAACAUCUCUUAACAGACAUCAGGAUUCCUUUGAACAUUCACCUUCACACAACUUCUAUAUAUACACAUUUUCUCUCUGGGGGGGGAUCUUUCUAUGUUAUUUGAGCUAGGGAGAAUUGUGUUUUAGGGAAUGCACACAAUUCAGUCUUUUUGGGCAGAUUUCUGAAAUGUACUGUACGCACUCAAAUAUUUUGGGGAUUUAGCAUCUACAUAUCAUUUGUAGUUGUAUUUUGUGGACUAUUGUACAUAAGCCUAUUGUAAAUUGUAUAGUCUACAUUGUCCUAAUCUUUUUAUAUAUGAGAUAUACUGUAUAGCUAGAUAAUUAUUUUACUACAAUAAAAAAAGUUAAUCUACCUAUUGGAUUCAUAAAUGGAAUAGGUGUUUAUUUUUAAAUAGUCUAUAACUAUAUGUUGGGUAAAAAAAAGGAUAAACAUUACAUGAAAGUUCAAAGUAUUAUUUCAUUAAACAAGGAAGCGAAGACAACACCAGAUGGAAAGGACGCGGGAGUUUUUCUAUAAACCCGCCCAUUUAAGCAAAUGUAGACCUUGGGAUAUCGCGCCACUGCUUAGUUCUUGAAAGGUUAGAUGUUGGUGGAUCCGUAUAUGACAUAAUGUUUUAAAAAAUGUGCACAAAAAUAAAGAUGUCCACCAGCAGUA